AUGUCUGUAUCUGACUACAUUCGCAUUGGCACCGAUUAUCGAGUCGGUACGCCACCUCGUUUAGUUUCAGUCUUUUUUACAAUGUUCGAUGAGGAAUUGGGCCCAAGUCUCCUCUACGAAGUACCCGAAGGCUCAAUAAAACCCUUACCCAACUCCACGCCGCUAAUUGAUUUCUCUUCCAUAUCUGAAUAUAUAAUUCCCAAGUCCGACUUGUGUGGACAUUUAGUCUCUGUUUGUACUGGUCCAUAUAAAGUCAUGGGUGUACCGGUCAUGAUUAGAAAUAAGAAGUAUAAGCGGCGGAUGUUGGUUUUUAACUUGAGCUUUGUGUUUGAUCGUAAUGCGGAUACGUCGAGCUAUGAACCAGUCGCCAGAAAGAUUGCCCGUGUCUUGACUUCGCUUGAGAUGGAAAGUGAUUUCCUUUGGAAAACGGAGACGCGUUCCAGUGUCUAUAAUAUAAUUGAACAGUUGCUUGAGGAUCUUAACAAUUACUGCGAAUGUCAAAUUCCAAUAAAUGAAACAAACGCCCUUAAUUUAAAAUUAUUUCCAACGUAUCCCAAUCCUCAGCCUGUAUAUGAUUACCAAGUGCCGAUCUGUACAGUCGAUCUCAACACCCUGAUUGACAUGAAUUGGGACAUUACAGUAAAGAAGGUUGUAGCACAUAUAAAUGGUGUUUAUCAUGUAAAGAAAAUAGCCGAAAUAGCUGAUGUUGAUUAUAAACUUGCUAGAGAAUGCAUGGAGCAUUUAUUGUAUUAUGGUUGUAUUAUUAUGAUUGAUAUUUUCCAGUUUUCUAAUAUUUACGCAGUAAGACCAGAGAUCAUGAGGAUAAUAGAAGAUGAAACAGUCCAGACAGAAUGCAUUUCAUAUGUGACAGAACCAGGUGCAAUUCCCUCGCCUUUCUCAAAGAUGUUUUCUCUUUAUUGCUCACUGAAACGCGACGUCACACUAAAGAUGUGGAUAGAAGAGAAUAAAGUAGCAUCACUUAACAUCGAUACGAGGCGAUUCAUUACUUUUGGUGUCACAAAAGGCUUCCUUCAACGUGUACACAAAUAUCCAGUGCUCCCAGCAUCAGCAGCAAUUUCAUGCAAAUUAGAUCCACAUCUAAAAAAACUGUUAAACGGUCGUCAUCAUUACGACGACAUAUGCACAUCCGAAAGAUACAGUACAAAAGAUCUUGACAAGUUGCUUUGCGAUAUACCGGAAAUUAAAUUUAUUUGGAAAUAA